GUAUUUGAGGGUGUAAAAAGGCGUGAGAAAAGGAAGUCACUGGCUGUUUUCGCGUAACCGCGUUAAAUAUAUUAUAAUAUUUCAGGAACAUACCUCUUCUAAGAAACGAACGAAGCUUAACAGAGAUCGCGGUUGUUGAAUAUUGUACGACUGUAUCUCGUAUCAAUAUAUUAGACGAGUAAGGAGUGUUUUUACAGGCACCGGAGCUGGUAUGAGGACGGCGGCUGCUCUGGGCUGUGCCACAGCUCUGGGCACCUCGGCGGCGGCGGCGGCGCUGCUGUACGCCCUGUACCGGUGGCGGCGCGCCGGCGGCCCGGCCCGUCCCGACCCGGCCACCCGCGUCAGCCGCCGGCUGCAAGCCGAGUACGGCGACCUCAGUCAGCUGGUGCCGCAGCCCGUGCUGCAGGCGGCCGCCGGCUUCAACGCCCGACUGGUGGAGAUCUGCCGUCUGCACACCGCCGACCUGCCGAGCUACCAGCGCCGAGUGUUGGACGUGCUCUCCGGCACGGGCCGGGUCUCCCUGGAGCUGAGCGCUCAGUUCGAGCAGGUGGUGGGCGUCGAGCCGGACCGGGACCUGCUGCAGCACGCCCAGCAACUGAGACAGUUCGGACACUGCGUGUACAGUUUCUCGGAGGAGGGCGGACCGGCCGCGCAGCCGCUCAUCGCUAAAGCAGCGGCGUCCACGACGGGAGACCGGGUGGAGUUUUGGCCCGAGGACCCGUGCCGCCUACCGUCCGACUUCAGUCAGUUCGGCUGUGUGCUGGUGGCUGAUACGCUGACCGGUCUCGGCUCUCCGGUCGCGUUCCUGACCUCAGUCCAUCGGUACAUCGUACCCGACGGCUGUCUGGUGAUCGCUUCUAGCUACGACUGGGCCAACAGCGGUCUGGACCAGCGUGAGUGGCUCUGUGGCGCAGAGGACGAGUCCACCUUCUACGCCCUUCAGACGCUACUGGAGGCGCACUUUGACUGCGUGGCGGCCAACGAGCGGCUAUGUCGCCUGCAGCCGCUCACUCUGAGGACGUACACGCUGUCACUGCCCGAGGUGUCUGUCUGGCGUCGCAAGCAUGACAGAGAGCAGGUCUAGGAUGGCGUCCGGCUCGUCCAGGGAGUUUGCGCCGCCGCCGCCGAGCAAGCGGCCGCGCCUGCUGUCGGAGCCGGGGGACGGCGACGACCCGCUCUCGGCCGUGUACGCCCGCGCGCUGCUCGGCUGCCUGUGUGACACCGAGGAGGCGCAGCUGGCCGCCGUCCCCGCCGCGCUGGACGACGGCGAGCCGCGCCGCCAGCUGCUGGCGCUCAGCUGCGUGCAGCUGCUGCAGCAGGCGGCGCAGCAGCAGCUCCAGGCCGGUACCAUGUGUGAGCGGCUGCAGGAGGGCGUGUGCAGCCCGGCAGAGCUGACGCCGUCUGAGCCGCUGCUGGCCCUGCUGGCGCGCGACAGCCCGCUGCUCAGCUGCGCGGCCGGUCGGUGUCUGACGCUCUCGGCGCUGCUAGUGACCCCGGAGCGCGCCCAGCCCGUGGUCGAGGCGCUCGUGGCCGCCGUGCUCGACUCGGAGCGGCCGCUGGAGGUGAGCCACGCGCUGAACGCGCUGCAGCGGCUCAUCGAGCAGCACGACGAGGAGCCGGGCGCCGGCGGCGGGCGGCCGCUGCCGGCAGAGUGUCGCGCCGUCAGCGUGGCCGCCGACCCCGAGUCGCUGGCCGAACUCAAGUGUGCCAUCACAGCCCAGCUGGAGAACCGCUGGAUACCGAUUACACAGCGCUUCUGUCGGCUACUGGCGCGGCCCGAACACGAGACCGAGGUGCUCGCCUUCCUCAGACUCUGGGCCACCGUCAUAUCGGUAAAGAACAAUAUGAGUAUCGCUGAGACCAAGUCUCUUUACGCCCGACUGGAGUGGCUGCUCAGCUCGUUGGGCAAUGACGCGUCGCCGCACGUGUGGCGAGCGGUGCUCGAUCUGUACAGUGAGGUGCUCUGUUACGGCAGCACCAUCGCGCUGCAGGACUGUGUGGCAGAGGAGCCGGCCGGCCUGGCGCACGCGCUGCUGCGUCAGGCGCGCACCGGCCGGCUGCUCGAAUUGGUGCCCUACGAGCGGGGUGUGCGCGCGUUCGCCGGUACGGACGGAGAGGCGGCCGGUGACCGGCCUCUGCUGCAGAAAACUGUGCUGCUCGUGCUCAAAGCGCUGGCCGUGACGGUGAAAGAGACUCGGUGUGACAGCAGCAGUGACGCGUCGGCGCGGUCCGCCGGCGGCUCCGGAUCAGAGGAGCAGGACAUGGUGAUUAUAGAGCGUACGUUACGUGAGGUGGUGCGCCGGCUGGACUGCUGGAUCAAAGCGCGGCUCGACUUUCACCCGGAGACACCAAUGAGCGAGUGGGUCGUGGUGCUGCUCUGCGAUCAGGACGAUUACCUGGUGGAGGCGAUGCUGUGUAUGCUGGACUUGAGUAACGGCCUGGCGGGCCGCGUGCGCCUGCCGCAGGACUUUGAGCGUGCCAUCUGCCCGCACCGCAGCUUCGUGCAGUUCCUGGAGACGGUGCGGCGCGACCACGACCUGCUGCUCGACUUCCUCGUCUCGAACGAGACCUGUUUCCUGCUGUACCUGCUGCGCUACCUGAAGGCGGCGCGGCGCAGCUGGCCGCGUCUGGUGGCCGUCUGCGGGCCGCGCAUGGAGGAGGUGAUGGCCGUGCUGAUCCGGCUCCGCCUCUCCCUGGAGCGGCUGGUGGCCAGGGACCUGUUCCCCUACAACGUGGCGCCGCUGCUCAAACUGCUCGAGAAGUGCGAGGAGCUUCAUGAACACAACGGACAGCCGGAGCCGGGCCCGUCGUAACUGCGCACUGACGACAGUGAGAGGAGCGAGUGAUCAAACGCGCGUGCUAGUGCUGGACGCUCCGGGUGACGGGACCCGGACCAUCGCCACGGGACCGCGGACCGCCGCCACGGGACCACAGGCCGCCGAAGCGGUGAGGUAAGUGAUGAAUCUCCGCCCGGGGCGCCGCAGUGCGCGCGCGGCGGGCUGUCGGUGCCCGCGGGACAUGCGGACUGUCUACCUCUGUUGUUCGGUCUCGGUUUCGUCCCGCCUGCCGAACUCACCACGCGGAAGGCUCGGAUGACAGCGGUGUUACACUCGCUCGCUUUAAGGAUCCAGCGUAUGACGGUGAAUGGGGACCGAUGAGUGGUUUGCUAACCAUGUUAUCUAAGGAGAUUUUGUCGAGUCGUGUUUCAGUGCCGCUCCCUAGGAGCCUGCCUUUUGAUGAUAGCUCGGUUCACACCGCGUUCAGAGCCAUGACAUAUAUAGUUACAUGCCGAACCAAGGACCUCAGCGGCAAUUUGUGUUGGUGUGGAACGAGUUUUAUUUGCUCGGUGCCAUGAUAAGUCAUGUGUGAGAGUAAUUAACUGUGAUGAAAUAUCGCAGCUUGUUGCAUUUUUGUUCGCUUUAUUCAGACAUUUGUAGUUCUCUAUCUGCGGUAGUGUUUUCUCUAAGUUCCAGGAUGUCGGACCUGAAGGAUGGCAGAAAUUAUAUUUAAAUGCAUGCCUAACUCCGGGCUUUAACUGGCAUAGACCUUCUUAUCCGACUAGUAAGACAUUAUAUCGUGUUCAACUGUUCCGCCCCUCACCCCUCACCCCGGCUUCUCGAAAUCUGCUUACGUGUGUCAGGAUGUCUUGAAAUUCGCUUCGGUCGUAAUGUGGAGCGUUACCCCAGCGGCCUUUGGGUCCAUUAUCCAGGUGGUGUGCAUUUUCUAGCUCCCUUUGGAAGACUCGCGCUCCGGCGCACCUCAAGCCGGCUCUGUUCAUUUGCCUGUGCCAUGCCCGUUGUUUGUGUUUGCAGAAGUCUGUCCCGUUAUUGUUUGCUCUGUGAUGUCCAGUGUUUGUGUGAGGCUGCUGAUUUGCGUCCUUGGAAUAGAUCUGGCAUACGCCACAACGAUA